UGCGCGUCACCUGACGCUCUUGACAGCCUGCUGUGGGCGCCGAGUCAGCUGAUCUUAAGAGUUGUGCUGCGUGCCGGCCGGUCCGGGCCCUCCGGUCCAGCCGCCCCGCCGCAGCCAUGUCGUUCUUCCCGGAGCUUUACUUCAACGUGGACAAUGGCUACUUGGAGGGACUGGUGCGCGGCCUGAAGGCUGGGGUGCUCAGCCAGGCGGACUACCUCAACCUGGUGCAGUGCGAGACGCUCGAGGGCCACUCCUUGCUCAUGCCAUCCUGCAGCUGUUUCCUUUGCAUUUUCCUGUCUGCGUUUUACCUGGCCCAGCCUGGAGCGCUCCCUCAUCCUCUGCCCUGCCUUGGUUCCCUCUCGACUUUACCUGCGGCAUGGGACAUGUCCUUAAUUUCAUAUGCAUCAUUUCUGCCACAGGACCUGAAGCUGCACCUGCAGAGCACGGACUAUGGCAACUUCUUGGCCAAUGAGGCUUCGCCGCUGACAGUGUCCGUCAUUGAUGACCGGCUCAAGGAGAAGAUGGUGGUGGAGUUCCGUCACAUGAGGAACCAUGCGUAUGAGCCGCUCGCCAGCUUCCUGGACUUCAUUACUUACAGCUACAUGAUCGACAACGUAAUCCUGCUCAUCACGGGCACGCUGCACCAGCGCUCUAUCGCCGAGCUUGUGCCUAAGUGCCACCCGCUUGGCAGUUUCGAGCAGAUGGAGGCCGUGAACAUCGCACAGACACCCGCCGAGCUCUACAAUGCUAUUCUGGUGGACACGCCCCUGGCGGCUUUUUUCCAGGACUGCAUCUCAGAGCAGGACCUCGACGAGAUGAACAUCGAGAUCAUCCGCAACACGCUCUACAAGGCCUACCUGGAGUCCUUCUACAAGUUCUGCACCCUGCUGGGCGGGACCACGGCCGAUGCCAUGUGCCCUAUCCUGGAGUUUGAAGCAGACCGCCGCGCCUUCAUCAUCACCAUUAACUCCUUCGGCACAGAGCUGUCCAAGGAGGACCGUGCCAAGCUCUUCCCGCACUGUGGACGGCUCUACCCAGAGGGCCUGGCCCAGCUGGCUCGAGCCGACGACUAUGAGCAGGUCAAGAACGUGGCCGACUACUACCCGGAGUACAAGCUGCUUUUCGAAGGUGCGGGCAGCAACCCUGGAGACAAGACCCUGGAGGACCGAUUCUUCGAGCACGAGGUGAAACUGAACAAGUUGGCCUUUCUGAACCAGUUCCACUUUGGUGUUUUCUACGCCUUUGUGAAGCUCAAGGAACAGGAGUGUCGCAACAUCGUGUGGAUUGCCGAGUGCAUCGCCCAACGCCACCGGGCCAAGAUCGACAACUACAUCCCUAUCUUCUAGCACCCUGGACCAAGGCUCCCCAGUGCAUGUGUACAUGUGUGUCCGUGUGCUGUGACAAAGCUCACAGCUCACCCACUUGCCCUGGGGGAGCACGCUGUCCCCGUGGCUGCCCUGCCUCCCUGACCCUCUCCGAGACUGCUCUUGGGCCUGCAGGGGGGCUGGGCACCUGCUCCCACACCAAGAAUGGACCAAGCCCCCACCUCCAGAGCAAGGAGGCCCCCUCAGCCCUGUGUUUACAGCUGCUGACGUGUCUGAGAAGCAUGUGGUCACUUUUGUGUCCCUCCCUAACCCGAGAAAACCUGGGGGGAGCGUAAAACUUCUCUUCCCUCAGUGGGCCCCCCAGAGCCAUGGCCAGGAUAAAGUAUGUGUGUUCUUGGGAAAUGGAGUAGCUCUGCCCUUCCAAGAUAAUAAAAACUUCUCUAAGCCCA